CCAUUGUUUUUAUUUUUCAGCAAUUCUGAUCCUCAUUGUUCUUAUAAAAUUGUUCUUAUAUAAAAAAAGUGUAAUUGUAUAAUUGGUAGUAACAUACUCGUUUUAAAAAAUUACUUUUCAUAGAUGCUGACAUAGCAUACGUUCACGUCGAAAAAAUUAUAUGAUCAAUAAUUGCAAUAUUACACAGGUUGAUCCAAUCACUUGGCACCGUUGGGACGAGGCACGUAGAAUGCAGCAUGUAAACAGUCUUCGACAAUUUUCACCAUCGUUUAGUGACCUGUAUAUAACAUCUAAAAACGUUGGGAGGAAGACAAACCACAUUAAUCGCAAACGCCACUUCACAGAUGCAGUAAUAGCCGAGGAAAGGAUUGAUACAACUCAAACCCCGGUCACACCACUAGUUGUUAAAAAGAAAAAAAAUGGCGAUUAUCAUUGCCAAAAGGUGAUGCCCAGUUGAAUUAACUAUGAUUAACCCUAAACGAAAGACCUCUGGGAAAUGUAUGAUGCUACGACUCAAGGCAAUGCAUAAAAUGGUUACAAGAUGUGUCUCACCAAGUUGUACCAUGAGAAUUACGCCGCAAGACUUUCUCAUCAUCAAGUCUACUGGCGUCGUUACAUUCACCGACAAAUAUAAGAAAGUGCAGAAGAGAGAAGGUCCUGUCUAUGUCCAUUUUCUCGAAGAAUGUUUAAAGGGCUACGUUGAGAAUUUUAAGUAUGAAAACGUGACCGUAUCCGACGAUACGAAAAACAAUCUCACUACCGCACAAUGUAAUUUUGUGCUUUCGCUAGGAAUACCCAUUACAUUGUAAAUAUGUUUUUCACUAUAUUACAGUAGCUAACUAAGUACUAUUAAUGUUCCUAUUACCAUUAAGGUCAAUCCAGCGCGUGAGGUUUUUUGUGCGUGUGUUUUGCCAAUUUUCUCGUUGUGAACAAUCGCUUUUUAACAUUGUAUAUUGUUUUACAUGUAAAUAAAAACAUAUAAACAAAAAUCCUAUUUUUUCUUAACCCUACGCAAUUAUAGCUACCUUUUAUCCUAUUUUACAAAAAACCGUUAAAAGUCCAGCAUUGUUAUUUGCCCAAAGAUUUAGGGGCAAGGCGGUUUAUGAAAUCGCGCCCCUGACGGUACCAAAUUAAUAAAUUAGUGCAUGAUUUUGUUACACGUGUUAAGCCCUAAUUCCACCGACCAUCAUUACAGAGAAGCAGGGCAGAGGAGACUGGGAGUUAGAAGCUAAAUCACUGCUGCGGUAUAUUAGCAUUUCAUCCACAGAAAGA